AUGUCUUUGGAGGACUCGUUCAUUUUAAACCCUGAGAACAUGAUUUUUAACGUAUCGCAAGUGUCCAGUAUCAACACAGAGGUCCAGACGCACUACAUUUGGCUGCCCGGUAUUGCUAUCGCCACCGUCUACGGAUUACUAAUAAUUAUUGGACUUAUUGGUAACGUCACGCUAAUGAGGACGUUUAUCACAGUCAAAUCCAUGCGGACUGUGCCCAACCUGUUCAUGUCCAGCCUCGCGCUCGGGGACCUGCUGCUUCUAGUAACGUGCGCUCCGGUGGACGCCAGCCGGUACCUCGCGGACAAAUGGCUCUUCGGCCGGGUGGGAUGCAAACUCAUCCCGUUCAUCCAACUCACCUCCGUCGGCGUCUCCGUUUUCACACUCACUGCGCUCUCUGCAGAUAGGUACAAGGCCAUUGUCAAACCCAUGGACAUCCAUACGUCCACAGCUAAGAUCUGCUUCCGAGCAGCAGCCAUAUGGCUCUUCUCCAUGACCCUAGCUGUUCCUGAGGUGGUCUUCUCCGACCUUCACACCUUCAACAUCGGCCAGACCAACGACACCUUUGUGACAUGCGCUCCCUACCCCCAUGCUGGGGAUCUGCACCCUAAGAUCCACUCCAUGGCCUUCUUUCUCAUCUUCUACAUCAUCCCCCUUCUCAUCAUUUCUGUGUACUACUGCUUCAUCGCACGCAGCCUGAUCCAGAGCGCCUCAGACAUGCCCGUGGAGGCACACUUACACAUCAAAAAACAGAUUGAGUCAAGGAAGCGUCUGGCUAAGACAGUCCUGGUUUUUGUGGGUUUGUUCGCUGUAUGCUGGCUCCCCAGUCAUGUGAUCUACCUGUACCGCUCCUACCACUACGGCCAGGUGGACACGUCCAUGGGACACUUCAUCGCCAGCGUGAGUGCCCGCAUCCUGGCCUUUACCAACUCCUGUGUCAACCCUUUUGCCCUCUACCUGCUCAGUAAUAGCUUCCAGAAGCAGUUCAACAAGCAGCUCCACUGCCGCCGUCGUCCACCAAUCAACUGUAAUGCUCAAAGCACUGGGCGGAGCAACACGCGACUGACCUCGGUCAAGAGCAACAAUCAGUCUCUGGCUAACUUCAGCCUCGUCAACGGGGCUCAUGUUAGUCAGGAAGGCUGUGUGUAG